AUGGGGGACUUCAACGUGGCGCUGGUGAUCGUGGCGGCGGUGGUCAGCGUGCUGGUGCUGCUCGUCAGCGUCUACCUGCUCGUCAACUACCAGCACCCCGACGACGCCAACCAGGCCUGGUUCCCCAAGCUCGUCGUCGUGCUCGGCAUCACCGUCGCCGUCCUCUCCAUCCUCAUGCUCCCCGCCGACGUCGCCAACCGCCAGGCCUGCAAGCGCGCCGUCUACAGCGGCGCCUGCGCCCUCACCCUCCCCAUGAAGACGCUCUGGCUCGUCGUCUACAUCAUCGACGCCGUCCUCGUCUUCCUCGUCAUCCCAUUCGCCAUGUUCUACUACGAGGGCGACCAGGACAAGUCCGUCGGGAAGAGGCUCAAGAGCGCCCUCAUCUGGGUCGUCGCCUCCGCCGUCGUCUGCGGCCUCAUCCUCGGCAUCCUAUACGCACUUAUUGGUAAAGUGGACUUCACUGUCAGGCACCUCUCUUCAUCUGUCCAGGCAUUUCCAAAUCCAAACCAGUUCAGUGCAUUCACAAGUGGCCAACCUUGCAUCGCUCCAUUGACCCGUCAGUGUUCAGCUAAUACUGCACCUGCUAACUCCCAAACAACCUGGACAAUGCGCGCUACAUUCCCCGAAUACGUGGUUGCCCUUGCUACCAUUGUUGGAUCUGUGCUCUUCACAAUAUUUGGUGGUGUUGGCAUUGCUUGCCUUCCAUUGAGUCUUAUAUUCUCGUUUGUCCGGCGUCCAAAAGCUGUCAUCACCCGCUCACAAUAUAUAAAGGAAGCUACUGAAUUAGGUAAGAAGGCCAAGGAAUUGAAGAAGGCAGCAGAAGCCCUUCACCAAGAAGAGAGAAGUGGGAACAAAGGCAGAAAAUGGCGCAAAAACGUGAAGGCUGUCGAGAAGGAGUUGUUACUUUUGGAAAAUGACAUGAAUGCUCUAGAAGAGAUGUACCCUCAAGGAGAGAAGGCAGAGGCCACCUGGGCUUUUACAGUGCUUGCUUACAUUGGGAAACUCAUAUUCGGCAUUGUUGGGUUAAUUGUAUCGAUUGCUUGGGUUGCACAUAUUAUCAUAUACUUGUUGGUUGAUCCUCCUCUAUCUUCUUUCCUGAAUGAGAUCUUCAUAAAGCUGGACAGUGUUUGGGGUCUGCUUGGGACUGCUGCUUUUGCAUUCUUCUGCUUCUAUCUCCUCAUCGCAGUGAUUGCUGGAGAAAUGAUGCUUGGCCUGAAAUUAGUUUUCAUCACAAUUCACCCAAUGAAAUGGGGAGGAACGUUGAUGAACUCUUUCCUGUUUAAUGUUGGACUGAUCCUACUUUGUUCCAUCAGUGUGAUUCAGUUCUGCGCGACAGCUUUUGCAUACUACGCACAAGCAACUGCAGCUCAGGAGAUCUUUGGCCACACGCUGCAGUCUCUUCGUGGAAUUAAGUAUCUCUACAAGUACAAUGUUUUCCAGUAUGGUUUUGUUGCCCUUGCCAUACUCACCCUCUUCUACUAUGCACUUUUUGGGAUGGCGAAAGAGGAAACCGACAGGAAGGUUCCAGCUCUCAAAUUAAUUUUUGGUUUGCUCUGUAAGCAAAGCCUGACAAAUUCAACAUCACAUUUGUUCCUGAGUGAUAGUUUGGUUAGCGAUGUAUAUGAUCUUCAAACCGCUUUCUGGAAGAGUUGGGGAGUUUUCAUGGGUGUAAAUUAG